AGUUUUAUUUUCCAGACCAGUAUGUUCUUAGCUACUCUCCAAUCGUAUAGCCAAAGUUAUAAAAUAAACAUGUUUUUAUAUAUCCUCUUUGCUCUUCUGGCGACAAGCUUAGCACGACCUCCCCAUGAUUUCGAAAUAAGCCCAGAUGUAGCAAUAGCAAACGUAAUUGCGAGAACUCCUGCUCCACUGAACGUGAUAACAGUGCCAACGAAUUGCCCUGAUGGUCAGGAAUACAUCAAUGGACAAUGCCGUGAUGUUUGGAGAGCAUCAGACAAUAUUGGCAGAACCCCUGCUCCACUGAACGUGAUAACGGUGCCAACGAAUUGUCCUGAUGGUCAGGAAUAUAUCAAUGGACAAUGCCGUGAUGUUUGGAGAGCAUCAGACAACAUUGGCAGAACCCCUGCUCCACUGAACGUUAUAACGGUGCCAACGAAUUGUCCUGAUGGUCAGGAAUACAUCAAUGGAGAAUGCCGUGAUGUUUGGAGAGCAUCAGACAAUAUUGGCAGAACCCCUGCUCCACUGAACGUUAUAACGGUGCCUACCAAUUGCCCUGAUGGUCAGGAGUACAUCAAUGGAGAAUGCCGUGAUGUUUGGAGAGUAUCAGGCAAUAUUGGCAGAACCCCUGCUCCACUGAACGUUAUAACGGUGCCUACCAAUUGCCCUGAUGGUCAGGAGUACAUCAAUGGAGAAUGUCGUGAUGUUUGGAAAGCAGAAUAUAUUGGCAGGACUCCUGCUCCACUGAACAUGAUAACCGUUCCAACGAAUUGCCCUGCUGGUCAAGAAUAUAUCAAUGGAGCAUGCCGUGAUGUUUGGAUCAGAAUUAAUUCAAAAUUUUCACUUUUAGAGGACUCGGCCCCAGAAGUUGAAGAUCAGCCAAAUAAAGAAAUGGUGAAACCAGUCAAUAUCUUCAAUUACUAUUCUUGGAAAAAUGUUAUAAGUGUGCCUAACCAAUGCCCGGCGGGAUAUGCACCAGACGCGCUCGGUGUUUGCAGAGAGAUUUGGGUUCUAUAAUUACCUAUAUUAUAUAGACAAUUGAUGUAAAACUUGGCGAUUCAUUGACUGUUGUUAAAAUUUAGAGCAAGAUAUUUAUGUACUUACCCAAAUUUUAAUAAAUAAUCCUGCUAAAAAUGGCCUUUUACGUUAACAGGGGCGGUUAGGUCAUUAAGGUCCAGUUUAGAAUAUUAUUUUAUCCUUUCGGUUUAAUUGGCGCAAUCGUGGGCGCGACAGAUCCAUAUUUCACCGGUGGGAAAAGAUCUGAUGACAAAGUCAAGCAUGUAGCUCACUGGUUUACUCUUUCCUUAACUCUCACUGGUAUUCGACGUAGGUGACGUGAGUAAAGUUCAUCAUGGACAAGCGAACUUGUAACUUGGCUGAUUUUUAUUUUCGUUUAGUUUUUUCGGAAUAAAUAUUAUAUAGAGUUCCCAGUUAUAUAUAAGUGCAAUUUUACUGUCCGUCCUACAAUAUCCUCCUCUGAGCUACGAAAGCGUUAUGGUAUAUCUAUUUUCGUAAAACCAACGGAUAAUUACAUAUAUUUUUGUCCCAAAUUGGUGUUUUGUAUAUAUUCCAUCCAGAAUUAGGAACUCUUCAAAAUUUCCAAAUUUUAUCAAAAUCUGACGAAAAACACUGCAAUUAAAUAAAAUUGGCCCAUCUAGUGUAAAAGAAUCUUCGAAUUGAAGUAAAUAGAAAUUAGUUUUUAUCAAAGCAAGAAAAAAAUUAUUGAUAUCCGAUCAAUCUGCCUAUUUUUCCAUAACUUCCUCCAUCAUUACAACAGCACGGCCAAUUUAAAAAUUCAAUCAAAUGACAAUAAAAUUGGCUCUGCAAUUUUAAGUGCUCACCAAUAUAUACAGCGACAACACAUCAUUCAACUAAAAAUGUUGUUGAUUUUACUUUUUGCGCUUGCGGGAACCACAGCACUCCCUCUUCGAGACAAUGAAGAGAAAUCUCCUGUUCCUGAAUUAACGUCUAAUGCGGCUGCUCCUGUCUGCAAGCCUGAAGAAUGCAGUGAAGUUCGAGUACGAAGGGCAGUGAAUGCCGCAACGCCAGCUUCUCGUUCUUGCUCUUGUCACGGUUAGGCAAGGCUAUUAGUUUUCAUUUUCUAAAUAAAAUAAUGAUGGCAUCAGCAUCACGGCUAUA